GCACGUCACCAGGCUGCAGGCCAUCCUGGCAGUCUCACGAUGGAAGGCGGAGCGCUUUUCAUCAAGUCGACUGUGAAGCAGGAAGUUGACUUUUACACAGAAGUCGCUAAGCUGGAUGGUGAGACUGAGUCUGCCAUCGGCUCCAGUUUGUUGGAUUGGCUCCCUGCAUUCAUGGGCACAUUGACGGAAGGAAACCUCAGAGAUGCAAACCAGGUGGUGGAUCCUUCAAAAGAGUACAUUGUCCUACAAAACUUGUACCACGGAUACACCUACCCCAGCAUACUCGAUAUCAAAUUGGGGUCAAAGUUAACUGAUGACUCCAAGACAGAAGCUGACAAAAUUGCCAGACUUCAGAAGGUUUCUGACGAAACGACCUCUGGAUCACUCAACUUCCGCAUUUGUGGAAUGAAGCUCUAUAAUGGCGACGAUCACGACCCAAGCCCCUUUUUCAAAGGAAUGGAACAAACCGUCCACCCUUCCAUGGAUGGAUCAGACAAAUACCUCGAAUUUGACAAGAUUUUCGGAAGAUCACUCACCAAGGAGAACGUUAUCGUGGGGUUGGAUCUCUAUUUUUCCCAUUACUUUGCUAAGAAAACCAAUGGAGAUGCAAUUAUUCUAAAGUUGUUAGAUACGUUCUUGAAAAGGUUGCAAUUGUUGUACAAUUGCCUAUUGGACUACGAAGUCAGGAUUUUUUCGGGGUCAUUACUCUUCAUGUACGAAAACGAUUUGACGAGGUGGGAUCUCGAUGAGUACGACAGUUUGGAUCCUUUAAUCCGCGACCCUGUGAUUCCCAUAGACGAUGACUCUGAUGACGAAGACGAAGACACCUCUUUCCAGGCACCUUUAAGUGGGUUGAACUUGAUCGACAUGGCACAUGCAAAAUUCGUCAAGGGCAAGGGAUAUGACGAAAAUGUAGUACAAGGCAUCGAGAACUUGAUCGAAAUCUUUGAAAAACUUAUAGAAAAGAGAACA